AUGAAGACGAUCUCUUUGCUCUUUUUCAUCUCUUUUUUCAUCAACGGUGUGAGUAACCCAGAAUCAGAUCAACUAAAGUCAGUGUCAGUAAAGGAUGGAGAUUCUGUUACUCUACACACUGAUGUUCUUGAUAUCAAGAAAUAUGAUGCGAUGCAGUGGAGAUUUCAAGGGAUUCGUAUAGCUCAUUUUAAUAAAUCAGACAGUAAGAUAUCAGAAGAUGAGAGAUUCAGAGACAAACUGCAGCUGGAUGUUCAGACCGGAUCUCUUAAAAUCAAAAACAUCAGAAUGGAUCUCUCUGGACUUUAUGAAGUAGAGAUCACCAGCAGCAGCGGUUAUACCAUACAUCAGUCAUUCACAGUUACUGUCAGUGGUGAAGUGAAGUCAGUGUCAGUGAUGAAAGGUGAUCCUGUCACAAUAUACACUGAUGUUCCUGACAUUAAAACCUAUGAUCAGAUACUGUUGAUCUUUGGGUGUGAUGAAAAAUGGAUCGCUGAAGUAAAUAAACAAAACAAAAAGUUUACUCUAUAUGGGGAAGUCAGAGACGGACUGAAGCUGAAUGAUCAGAAUGGAGAUUUCACCAUUACAAACAGCAGAACUGAAGAUGCUGGAGAUUAUGAACUGAAGUUGAGUAGCAGAAGACGAUCCAUUCAGAGGAGAUUCAGUGUUAGUGUCAGUGAUCAGCAAGGUUUGUCUCCAGGUGCUGCAGCAGGAAUAUCUGUUAUCUUCAUCCUGCUUGCUACUGGUGCUGCUGCUGGUGUGAUUUACUAUCGCCGUAAGUUCGCUAAAGCAAAACAACAACUGGCUUAUGCAGGUAAAAUGGAGAAAGUCUCAGUGAAUGAGGGGGAGUCUUACACACUGAAGAAUACUCUUACUGACAUACAGAGAGAUGAUGUGAUAGAGUGGAGAUUUAAAGAAACUCUCAUAGCUGAAAUCAAUCCUGCCAACAAUAUCUUCAGUACAUAUGAUGGUGAUAAAGGUCUAUUCAGAGGUAAACUGAAUCUGAAUCCUCAGACUGGAGAUCUCAACAUCAAAGACAUCAGAGAGGAACACACUGGAGUUUAUAAACUGAAGAUCAUCAGAGAUGGAGAAACCUCAUACAAGAGAUUCAGUGUGUUUGUCAGAGGUGAGUAA